CGCACUUCGAAAAAUUACAACAUCACUUUGUCAUUUUCUUCUAUUUCCACCAUUAAAGCUCAAGAAAACGAAAGGUUAAGCGAUAAAAAAAGAUAGAGAGAGUGUAUGUGAGUAGACGGCAGAGAGAGAGAGAAAGAGAAAGAGAGUUCCUUUAACUCUCUUCUUCCUCUGCAAAUCUGACAUCAACAAGAAGAAGAAAAAAAGAGUUCAUUUACUACUUCACGGGAGCUUAACUUUUUCUGAAAACCUGGAUGGGCUUUUAGUUCUUUUUCUCCUGGAUCUUGAAAUUUAAGAUCUUACAAAAAUGUCUUUUGUUCGAUUCACAAUUGAACAAAAAGACAGCAACUUUGCAUACCCACCACCGUUUUACAAAGACCCAAUUCUCCCUCCGCCGCCACCGUCCGGUAACAGAAUCAGCCCCGCGGUUCUAUUCGUAAUCGUCAUCCUAGCCGUCUUGUUCUUCAUCUCCGGCCUUCUUCAUCUACUCGUUAGGUUUCUCAUCAAACAUCCUUCUCCUCCUUCGAGGUCCAACAGAUACCCAGAGAUCUCCACCACCGACGCUCUUCAAAGACAGCUUCAACAGCUGUUCCAUCUCAACGACUCUGGUCUCGACCAAGCCUUCAUCGACGCUUUGCCUGUUUUUCACUACAAAGAAAUGGUCGGCGCGUCCAAGGAGCCGUUUGAUUGUGCGGUCUGUCUCUGUGAGUUUACUGAGAAAGAUAAGCUGAGGUUGUUGCCAAUGUGUAGCCACGCUUUUCAUUUAAACUGUAUUGAUACUUGGCUUCAGUCUAACUCCACUUGUCCUCUUUGUCGUGGCACUCUCUUCUCCCCUGGCUUCUCCAUGGAGAAUCCCAUGUUUGACUUCGAUGAUAUAAGAGAAGAAGAAGAGUGUGUAGCUGAGAAGACGGUGGAGAUUCAAGAAAUCGCUGUGGAGAAAGGGGUUUUACCUGUGAGGUUAGGGAAGUUCAAGAGGCUUGACAAUGUUGGUCAUGAUGCUGUUGGAGAGACUAGUAGUAGUAAUCUUGAUGCAAGGAGAUGUUUCUCUAUGGGUUCGUAUCAGUAUAUACUCGGUAACUCAGAGCUUAAGGUACCAUUUUGCAACGAUAGGCAACUGCGUUUGAAACCACAGGACAAAGAGUCUCAGGAUUCGUCAGGUGAGGAGAAGAAGAUGAGUAGUGUUGUGGCUAAAGGAGAGAGCUUUUCAGUUUCAAAGAUUUGGUUGUGGCCAAGGAAAGAUAAGUUCUCUUCAGAUGCUCAAAGGAGGUUGCCUUCUUCGUCGCUUAACGUUGAUGAUCUUCCAAAACUUCCAUGGAUGGAAGAUCAUAAGAAGCUGGAGAACGGUGAAAGGUAGUUUCUUGUACUCAUUUUGGAUCAGAUAUGGUUUAGGGUUAAUGAUUAUAUCUUUGGGGGUUUGACAAUCAUAUGUUGUAACAUAUUGUUAUGAGGUUUAUUAGAAAUUCAUUUUACAUUUUGGUUGUUAAUGAUAUUGUUAUGAGGUUAAUUACGCAUGCUCAAGUCUAAUGGAUUCCAAAAGACUGAUACUUUAGCUUUAUUUUUCUUCACUUUAGAGUCACUGGUUCUCUUUUCUCUCUUCUUUUCAAUUUACUUUCC